GGCGCAGUUCUACACUGUUAAGUUGAUGGACUGCGCCUUGAAGAAGCAGAUUAUUGCGCAACCGAGAGUAGGAUUCUACGGCUGGCCCGCUACUAGCGGUACGAGGGAGUAGGUUGGGCUAUAACUGGACAAGUGUUUGUACAUUUGUGGAGUCUUUGUAUUCUAGCUCAACACGAUCGUCCCUUCCCCGAUCAGAACUCUAAAUGAACCUCGACCUGAGUGUCGACAACGAUCAAUUCAUCUUGCCAAUCGACGAGCAAUCAUGAGUUCAUUUCCAGCAGGAUACUCCACCGAGGAUCGCAGCCACAGGUUGCUGAAUGUUGCCAUUACUCUGAUGGUUCUAGAGACCCUCUUUAUUUCGCUGUAUUUUGUUUCUCGGAUCAGAAGUAAGACUGCAAAUGGCUGGGACACUUAUCUCCUGCCACCAUCGUUCCUGUUCUGUAUGGGGGACCUUAUAAUAGCCUUGCUCUACGUGACAAAGGGUGGUUUUGGACGGCACAUCUACACACUUCAUCCUAGCACAAUCAUGUGGGCCCUAAAGUUACAAGUUGCUCUAGGGUAUAUAAAUCCAGUGGCAAUUACUCUUCCGAAACUUGCUAUUUUGGGUCUCUAUCUUCGAAUCUUCACAAUCAAGGCGUAUCGCUACCUGGCCUAUGGUAUUGCUGCGGUCCUGAUCGCAAAUUGGAUCGCAACCUUGGUCUCGGUAUCGUUAAUAUGUCGACCCUUUGCCUACCAGUGGGAUAAAUCCAUUCCAGGUGGUACUUGUCUGCAGUACCAGUGGAUGUAUACUUGGUUCAGUAUACCUAAUCUAGUCACUGAUGUUGCUAUUUUGGUUCUGCCUCUCCCGAUCAUUUGGAAUCUACAGAUGUCAUUAAACAAGAAAAUCGGUAUUACUAUAACCUUGAUUACUGGAUCCUUUGGCAUUGUAACGGCAGCCUUGCGCUUUUGGCAAUUCAUCGUACUAAACAACAACGCGGCUACUAGCCAAGAUUUGACCUGGUAUGGAGUUGAUCUGAUUAUAUGGCAGAUGGUCGAACCAGGUGUAUAUCUCAUUGCAGCCUGUCUGCCAUCCCUUCGUCCUCUCUUCAAGCCGGUGUUCAAAGACUUCUCUUUCCAUUCGCUCCGAAGCAGGAUUCUGGGCUACGUUACUUCGAACCCCAGCUCCAACGAUUCGAAAGACAUGUAUCUCGCGGAUCGAUCAAUAGGUGGUACAGUGGUGAACGGAGGAUCGUUCCAAAAACUACAUGAUCCGUUACAUCCUCCCAGUCUCAGCGACGGAAAUGAUCAGAAGGGUAUGGUUGCUUGCUACCGAGAAGAUGAUGGGCUGGAUAGUGGUGGACAUAAUGAUGCAGAUCUGGAACUUGGGGUGUCUACUCCGGGGAUUCGCGUUGAGAAGAAAUACAUCCUCUCUUCUGCACCUAGGAAUUGAAUAGUCUGAGAGGGCUGCAGAUGUUUUUCAGGUUCACCGACGUUGUUGCCAAGAAAGAGGGAGAGGAUAUUCCAUGUACUGGCCGGCACAGCAGGAUUGAAGCUCUCCCAAUACUAUUCUUCAUAGUCGCUUCAUUGAGUUGAUCAGCUAUGUGAGGCUCAGGGUCGGUGCUAGGUGGAAAGCCAGGC